GCAAGACCUUUUUUUUGCAUUCAGCAAUGCAUUGAGGAAGAGCGCAAGGUUUUAGUUGAAUUCCAAAUGCACACUCAACUGGGUCAAGAGUCCAGACCCAAAACCAAGAAUCCCAGCACCAUGGCUACCAACACUAUAGGCCUAUAGGCAUAUCCAACUUCUUCAUUGCUUUCAUUUCCAAUUGAAAAGCAACAGUUUUGGCCCUGAACCCCACUUUCUUCUCCUAUUUUAGCAGCAGAUUUUGAAAAGGAACUGCCUUCUAAGCAUUUAUAGAAAGACCAACAGUCUAGAAUGAUGUCACAUAAGACUAAUAAGUAUAUAAAAUAUUUCAUACCAUGGGUUUUUAAAAAUCACCUAUUCCCUCUUGCAAUUUUUCUUAAAAAUGAAAAACAUAUUUUAAGUUUCACUUAUCGACCCCGCUAAGGAAAAGUUCUAGCUUCGCCACUGCAUAUAGUGAUCAUCACAAAAUAAUUCUCCUCCCCUGGCCUGUUCUCUUUCUUAUCAAAAAUAAGAAGAAGGAAAAAGAUCUAAUUAAGAAGUUAACAACAACAAGCCCACUUUGUCUUAUGCCACUUAUAGAGCCCAGUAUCCACUUCUGGUCCAACUCAAGCCUCUCUAGGCCUAGUGUUCAGUUCAGGCCACAAAAGGGCCGGAUAAAAUCGGAUCCGGAUCCGGGUACGUGUUCAAACCAAUCACUUUCCCUUCCCUCCCAAAACUUCAAAAUAAAAAAACCAAAGUGGAGGGAAAAGAAAAGAAAACCCCAAACCCCCAAAAAUGUCUAGAAGACGCCUCAGACUAAUAUGUUCCUCCGACGAAGAAGAAGAAGAAAACCAAAUUCCUCAACAACCCGAAUCCGAAAACCCGAUUCUGGACCCGAAUCAUGUUCCGGAUCCAUAUCCAUCCGAACCGCUUGAAAUCUCCGACGACGAUGUAGAAGAAGAAGAAGAGUUCAUCGACGUCUCCGAUAACUUCACUCCUCCCGAUCCGAAUCCGAAUCCCGACCACUCCGCACAACAAACUCCGGCGACGAAUUCCGCCGGUGAAGGCUCGGGUUUCCGGGAGGCUGAUGUUUCCGGCGACUCCGCGCAACCAAAUCCGGCCGCCGGAGGAGGAGAACAGGAGCGCUCAGGCACGGGUUCUCCGAUUGGAGAUUUUCUCGGGGGGCUAGGGCUGAGGCUGAAGAAUGAGUGGCUCGAGGCUUGUUUGGAUGCGCUUCGAAGCUCCGUGCGGAGCUUCGCGAGCCUCGGCGUGGACGCGAAAGCCAAGCUUUGCUUCGAGCGGUUCUUGGUUUCCGAUAUGAAUCAAUCCGGGAGCGGCGUGCUCCCUCGCAACGUGGAUUCCAUGCACCUCAUCGAUCUUCCUGGUCCGUUCGUCUUGCAGAUUGAUGAGAUAGUUAAUAUCAGUUGUCCUCUCAAGGGAAGGUAUCAGAAAGCGCCUCCCGGGAUCAAGAGGUGUCUCAAGUUAUCGAUGACUGAUGGUGUUCAACGUGUUUUUGGAAUGGAAUACAGGCCUAUUCAAGCGCUUGAAUCUUUGGCUCCUGCUGGAUUGAAGGUUGCCAUCUGUAAUGUACAUAUACGUCAUGGGCUUCUAAUGCUGGUCCCUGAAGCUUUUGAAGUUCUAGGGGGAUUGGUUGAGGAGUUGGAGGCAGCACGCCUGCGACUUGUUGACGAAAUAAAUAAGCCACCUAGGGGAAAAAGAACAAGGUCAGGAGUUGUCCCUCCUUUAGCAACUAGAGCAACCCUUGCUGCAUGGCCAUCAAAUGGUGUUAGUGCUGCCGUGCACAACAAUAGUUCCACAUUGCAAGAUGCAACUCCCUUUCGAGCAAAUAACCAAGGUGCUACUUCGGUUCCGUCUGGCACUAACACCAGCCAAAGGACGACAGAAGAAUUUACAGCUUCUUCUACUGCAGAAAAUGCUGUUCCUAACACAUCAUCUUCUGUUAUUUCGGGUUUUGAGGGGAUGCAUAUAGAUACUUUCCCCUGUAGCCGGGCAAAUGCUGUUCCUAACCCAUCUUCUCAUACUGUUUCGGAGGUUGAGGAUGUUCAUAUGGUUGAUGAGGCAGACCACCCCCUCAUUCUAUCUGGUGAUCGGGAAAUCCCAUUCACUUACUUAGCUAGUUUGUCAGCCAAGUUGGUAGCAGUAAUGGAGAAAUCGCCUUCUGUUCGGGGAAAAAUUAAGUGCUUUUUGACUGGUGUAAAGGGAUUCCAAUAUAAGCAGCGGACAACAUAUGAGCUCCGGGCAUAUGUUGAUGAUGGUAGCCUGAUUACUGAGAUCCUCAUUCAUCAUGAUGUUGUACAGAAAGGAAUAGGUUUUUCACCAGAGGAGGUCACUGCUGCUCUUUCUUCUCCAGACAAAAAAAUAGUUAGUGACAUGAAGGAGACGCUCAAACAAUUCCAGAUGUUCUUAGCGAAUUUUGAGGGAACAAUGCUUAUAGAGAUGAGUACAACCUCUCCGCAACCGAUUGCUCUUGAGAUGAAUGAGGGCUGUACUGAAUCUGAUGCGUGGUUGCUUCUGAGAAGACUAAAUUCUACUGUUCCUGCUCAAACACCACACCGUUCUUCUUUAGAUCCCAUUGAUGUAUCCCCUUGAGUGGCUCUCAGUUUGCCAGUCUUUAGGAAGAACAUUGGCUCACAAAAUUGACAAGGCUGGAGAUCAUCCUGUGUCCAUCUUGGGUGCAGGAGGACUCUUCUUUGAUUACGACAUUCCAGAUUCAUGGAUCACAGAACCUGUGUGGCAAGCCAAGUUGGGAGGCCAUGAUAACUUAAAUUGAUGAGGCAAUUUUUAAAGCAUUGCCUGCUUAUUGGUCUGGAGGUUGGGCUGUUUCAUCGGAUGUAUAAGCUAUGGCUGGGGAAAGUGAUUUUACACUUCAUCAUCCUUUAAUUUGCUGUGUAACUGGAUUAUGCUGUUUGGUCAAGGAAGAAACAUUGUAGACUAAUGAAGUCCUCUUUGUUGGAGUCUGCCACAUAAAGUAGAUGAUGCUUAAGAAGAAAAAUGCAAAGCCAAUGAGCUAUCUGGAAGAAGACCAGGCCUGAGAAGUUAGAACGCUGAGAAGAGCUGGAAACUUGUUUUACAUUUGAAUGACUUGUAACAGCUAAGUUUUGCUAAAUUGCUUAGUCAAUUGUUAACAUGGUAUUUAUUCUGUCUUAAAAAAAAUCUUCUGAGUUGGGUAUGAAUUGCGGAAUCAAUUGUCCACUCACAUUGUAUUAUUAUUAUUUAUGCAAUUGCAAGGUCAUGCCCCCACCUCUUUUAGAUCAUGAAAUAGUGUAGCAAAAUGUAGUUUUUUUUUUGGUUGAUGAACCUGGUGGACAAUCAGCUUUGAAAAGUACAUAGAAGUUGAUCUGUAA